GGAGUGUCUUUAAGACCCAGCGGAGCUCGGCAGGGAAACCCCGCGGCUUCGCUUGUUUCUUCCUCCGGAGCGUCAGACGGUCGUUUGCGGGGAGGCGCUGGAGCCAUUUCGCCACAUGAAAGCCCGACGCGCUGAGCCUCCGACAUCCGACUUGUUCGUGGAGAAGAGAAAUCCGCUUUUGAGGAGCUCCGCGCGUGCGCGCGCGCACACACACACACACACACGAGCUCGCGCGCAAAGACGCACGGCGCACGUUACACGUAUUACACUUCCUCCUGCUCCACUGGGGAGAAUUAGAAAAAGGAACUCGAAACGCAAACUUCAACUCUCCCAUGUGGAAGGCAGGGGUUUGAGGAUAAGGUAUAUAUAUAUUUUUUCCUCUCCCGGGCUCCGUCCCCCCCUCCUCCUCCCCCCCUCCCUCUCUCUCCCUCGUCUUUAUCUGUUUUUGGCCGGAUAGCUGAGCUUCUAUGAGAGCGCGGCUCGGAGAGAAGAGAAGUUUGGUUGUUUGCCUGGCCGGCUGAGGAGGAGGAGGAGGAGGAGGAGGGGAAAGAAGAAGAAGAAGGAGAAGAACAAGAGUCGGGUUCAAAGUGGGUGAAGAAGAUGGUCCUCAACGGCGCGUGGAGGAGAAGCUCCCUGUGCGUCCUGGCGCUGUGUCUCAGCGUCGCGUCGCCGCCGUGCAGCGCCCGGAUUUACACCAACCACUGGGCGGUCAGGAUAGCCGGUGGCCCCGAUGUGGCCGAGCGGAUAGCGGACAAAUACGGCUAUAGGAACAUGGGACAGAUUGGGGACCUCAAAGACCACUAUCACUUCUUCCAUAGCCGGACCAUCAAGAGGUCGACUUUGUCCAGCCAUGGUCGCCAUAGCUUCAUCUCCAUGGAGCCCAAGGUGGAGUGGAUUCAGCAGCAGGUGGUGAAGAGGAGGAUCAAGAGGGAUUACAAGGCAGACCCGCCCCUUUCUCUGACUAGCCCCGCCCACAGCUCCCCGGCCCAGAACAACAUAUUCUAUAACGACGCCAAGUGGAGCAGCAUGUGGUACAUUCACUGUAACGACGAUGUGCAUAACUGUCAGUCGGACAUGAACAUCAUGGGGGCGUGGAAGAGGGGCUACACGGGUAAAGACGUGGUGGUGACCAUACUAGAUGACGGCAUCGAGAGGAACCACCCAGACCUCUUUCAGAACUACGACCCUCAGGCCAGCUUUGAUGUCAACGGUAACGAUAUGGAUCCGAUGCCCCGAUAUGACGCAACCAAUGAGAACAAACACGGGACGCGCUGUGCAGGUGAAGUGGCUGCAGCCGCAAAUAACUCCCACUGCAUUGUGGGUAUUGCCUACAAUGCGAAAAUCGGAGGUGUGCGAAUGCUGGAUGGGGAUGUGACGGAUAUGGUUGAGGCAAAGUCUCUGAGCCUCCAGCCGCAGCACAUUGACAUCUACAGCGCCAGCUGGGGACCCGAUGAUGACGGAAAGACUGUGGAUGGACCAGCAUCUCUGGCCAGGCAGGCCUUCGAGAACGGCAUCCGCAUGGGGAGGAAGGGGCGGGGCUCCAUCUUCGUGUGGGCCUCGGGAAACGGCGGGCGCAGCCGAGACCACUGCUCCUGCGACGGAUACACCAACUCCAUCUACACCAUCUCCAUCUCCAGCACAGCGGAGAGCGGACGCAAGCCGUGGUACCUGGAAGAAUGCUCGUCCACUCUGACCACGACCUACAGCAGCGGGGAGAACUACGACCGCAAGAUUAUUACAACAGACCUGAGACAUCGGUGUACAGACAGUCAUACGGGGACAUCGGCCUCGGCCCCCAUGGCCGCUGCCAUCGUUGCUCUGGCACUGGAGGCCAAUCCUCUUCUAUCAUGGAGAGAUGUUCAGCACAUCAUUGUAAAGACCUCAAGAGCCGGACAUCUCAGCGCCCCUGACUGGAAGACCAAUGCUGCCGGUUACAAUGUCAGCCACCUCUACGGCUUCGGCCUGAUGGACGCCGAGGCGAUGGUGAAGGAGGCAGAGCGAUGGAAGCAGGUCCCCACUCAGCACGUCUGUGUGGAGAGCGCCGACCGACAAAUAAGAACUAUCCGUCCUGAGCAUGUGGUCCGGUCCGUGUACAAGGCAACGGGAUGCACGGACAACCCAAACCACCACGUGAUCUACCUGGAACACGUGGUGGUGCGUAUUACAAUCACACACCCUCGCCGUGGGGACCUGUCAAUCAAUCUGACCUCUCCCUCAGGGACCAAGUCUCAGCUUCUUGCCAACAGGUUGUUUGAUCACUCCAUGGAGGGCUUUAAGAACUGGGAGUUUAUGACCACCCACUGCUGGGGAGAGAAGGCCGCAGGCGACUGGGUCCUAGAGAUCUACGAUUCACCUUCUCAACUCCGCAGCCAGAAAGUACCCGGGAAGCUGAAAGAGUGGUCCCUGGUGACUUAUGGCACCUCGCUGCACCCGUACUCCUCUCUGCGCAGCGAGAAGCCCCGCUCCACCGACGAGGAGUUCACCGAGGAGUACAACGGCCCCUGUGACUCUGAAUGCAAUGAGAACGGCUGUGAAGGUCCUGGACCUCAUCACUGCAUCAACUGCCUCCACUACUUCCUCAAGUUCAAGAACAACACCAGGAUGUGUGUGUCCGAGUGCCCCAGUGGCUUUUUCCGUGACGAUAGGAAGCGCUGCAAAAAGUGCUCCUCGUUAUGUGACACCUGCGUUGGUAGCCGUAGCGACCAGUGCACCACCUGCAGGACUGGUUUCCACCUCAAUGAAGGCUCCAACACGUGCGGCGCCACCUGUGGGGACGGCUUCUACCUCGACAGUGAUUCCAACAUUUGCCGGAGAUGUCCUGAGAGCUGUAAGAAGUGCACCAGCUCCAACAUCUGCACAGAAUGUAAACCUGGGAUGAGUCUUCAAGGGAACAAGUGUCAGAUGACCUGUGACCCAGGGACUUAUUACAACGGCCACAGGAGGAACUGCGAGCCUUGUCAUCGGGCUUGUGCCACCUGCGCAGGCACGGGUAUAGAAGCCUGCACAAAGUGUGCCGAUGGCUACUUGCUUGAGGACUGGCGGUGUGUGCUAACGUGCAGCACUGGCUACUACCUGUCAGAGCAGACCUCAGACAGCGGGCAGGUGCAGAGGUCCUGUAAGAAGUGUGACCAUAGCUGCUACGAGUGCUCGGGGCCCGGGGAAAGGAACUGCAGCAGCUGUGUCGGGGGUUACAAUCUGGAGGCGGGAGCCUGUGUGGUCAGCACCAUCUGCAAAGAUGGACAGUACAUGAGCCGUCAUGGAUCGUGCCACCUGUGCGAUGUUACCUGUCUCCAGUGCACAGGUCCAAACAGCGAGGACUGCACCAGCUGCCCUCCUACACGGUUCUUUGACGAUGGCCGCUGUGACAUCCGCUGCCAGAAGGGCCGUUACGCCAUGGGGGGCCAGUGCCAUCUCUGUCACCACACCUGCCAUGAGUGUGCCGACGAGGGACCGGACAACUGCACCAGCUGUGACCGAGAUAAGUUUGAGGUCUCCAGGUACCUCUUUCAGAGCCAGUGUCGGGAUGUCUGUCCGGGAGGGUUCUUCCACUCUUCAAGAAGUCGGUGUGAACCUUGUCCUGGAACCUGCCUCAUGUGUUCAUCCGAGGAUCACUGUCUCCACUGCAGCCAAGGACACAAGCUCAGGAAUGGCCAGUGUGUCCCGAUGGAGUGCAGCACAGGUGAGGUUGCAGAUGCAUUGAAAGAGGACUGUGUCCCCUGUGACGAGGGAUGUAAGCAAUGUGAACGCAAGGAUUCAGCAGAUCAGGCGCAGGGAACUGUUUGUCUCAAAUGUGAAGAAGGAUUUUACCAGUUAGACACAGACUGUCAUCAGUCCUGUCCAGAUCGGACCUACAGUGUGGACGCCACCAUGGCGUGCGCUCCGUGUGAAGAACGUCAAUGUGAAAUCUGCGACCAGUCCCAGUGCUACUUGUGUAAAGAGGGGUUCUAUGUCUCUGGCGGCAAGUGUGUGGAUCACUGUGAGGAAGGUUUCUUUGUGGAUGAGGAGAGCCAGGAAUGUGAGCCGUGUCACCGCACCUGCCUUACCUGCGGAGGGCCACAAUAUGACGACUGUGACUCGUGCGAGGGCGGAGUCACACUGAAGAGCGGGGAGUGUUUGAGCGGCAGAGACCUUCCACUCUGUCCCGGGACGCACUUCAGAAACGGUGAGCAGGACUGUGAGCGGUGCCACUCCACCUGUGAGACAUGCUCCGCUGCAGGGAAGACGGACUGCAACAGCUGUGAUUCUGGUCGAUUUUUGACUGCCCAUCAGACCUGCUUGUCCCGGUGUCCCUCGGGGACUUUUGCCAACAAGACGUCCAGCCGGUGUGAUGACUGCUCCAAAGGAUGCGUCGCGUGCGACGAUGCCCAGCAGUGCCAGCGCUGUCGCAGUGGGCUUAACCUCCACAAGGGAGUGUGUGUGGAGGAUUGUCAGAGAGGGUUUCCUCAAAGUGGCGUUUGCCAGCCGUGUGCCCCGGAGUGCGCCUCCUGCCAAGGAAACUCCUCUCGCUGUCUGAGCUGUGAGAACAAGUACUUUCUUCUGGACCACUCAUGCAGGUCUCGCUGUCCCGAGGGCUAUUACGCCAGCGGGGCGCAGUGCCAUCGCUGCCCGGCUCACUGUGGAGAAUGCAACCCAGACGGCCUGUGUAAGGAGUGUGCUCAGUACUACUUCUCACAUGAGGGUAAGUGUGUGGGUGAUUGUCCUGACGGCUUCUAUGCCAGCAACGAGCAACAGGAGUGUGUGCGCUGCCAUGCUGAUUGUGCCUCCUGUGACGGACCGAGCUUUGAUGACUGCGAUGUGUGUCACAACCCGAAAGCUGUCCGGUACAAUGGAGAGUGUCUGGCUAAGUGUCCCAACAGCACUUACUACGACGCCACUACCAAUGAAUGCAGAGAUUGCGACAGGUCGUGUCUGACCUGCUCAGGACACGAGCCCUCAUCGUGCCUCAGCUGCGAUACCAAGAGGCGCAGAGAUGCCAGUGGACACUGUGUUUGGUUCAGUCAGUGCUCUCUGGACUCAUACAUGGACCACAGCGGGCAGUGCCAGCCGUGUCACCAACUCUGUCAUCGCUGUUCUGGGCCGAGCCAAGACCACUGCCUCACCUGCAAGGAACCAAACUUCCUGCACAACAACACAUGUGUGCAGGAGUGUCCUGUGGGUCACUACGCAGAGGGCGAAGACGGACGCGUGUGUGAGCGCUGUCACUUCAGCUGCAGGUCAUGCGCCGGUCGUCACAGCUUGCAGUGCGUCGACUGCAAGUCCGGGUUCUUCAAGCAGGGGAGCAGCUGCGUGGAAACCUGUUCGGAGAGUCACUUUGGCAACGCGGCCGCCAUGGUGUGUGAGCGAUGCGACCCCUCCUGUGGCCAGUGUUGGGGCCCUGGUAACAAAAACUGCCUGAGCUGUCGGGAGCGCUACGUCUACCUGGGGCAGUGGGGGCAGUGCCUGCAGAGCUGCCCUCCAAGCUUCUACCUACACGGCCGGACCAGGACCUGCCACAAGUGUCACCCGACCUGCAAGACCUGCAGUGAUGGGGGCGCCCUGGCCUGUCAGUCCUGUUAUGAAGGCUACACUCUCAUGGGAGGCAUCUGUGUGUCCCGCUGCCUCGUAGGCCACUACGCUGCUUCACAGGGCUCUGAGUCCGAAAGUGAUGAGCCAAACUGCACGCCAUGUGACCCGUCCUGCUUUGACUGCCGGGGUCCCGGCAUGUGGAGCUGCACAGUGUGCCCGGCACUCCUGAUCCUGUCUGAAGGCCGCUGCUUGUCCUGCUGUGGAAAUGAGACACGCCAUGAUGAUGCACCAAUACCCAGGGAGUGCUGUGACUGCAAGGCCUCACGAGAGGAAUGCGUGCUGGGUGUGAACUUUGUGAUGAGAGAUGCCGGGGACUCAGAGGCUCAAGGAGGCACCGCUAAGCUCUUCGUCCUGGCCUGUGUUCUCCUCAUCGUGUUGGCGGGCGGUGGGGUCUUCCUUUUCCUCACUGCUCGAUCCAAAUCUCUUGUCAUCGCACCCAAAGCCAAAGCGGGAGGUUACGAGAAACUGGGCACCACCAGAGGCAUCGCAUCACAACCCACCGCGUCCACAAGCGGGGAGUACUGCGACCGCAUCGUUGAAUAUGAGGAAGAUGAGGAGGAUGACGAUGAUGAGGAUAUCGUGUACAUGGGACAAGAUGGGACAGUGUAUCGGAAGUUCAAGUAUGGACUCUUGGAUGAGGACGAGAUCGAGCUGGAGUACGAUGACGAGAGCUACGCGUUCAAUUGAAAAGGAAGCCUAACGUAUGAAAGGAGUCAAAACUCUCCUCAGAUACUUAUGCUUAUACUUUGUGAAAAGUUGGAUCUUGGAUCAUGUUAGUACAGUCAUCGGUGAAGCAGGACGACAACUUGGCAUCAAUGUUUUUCCAAUGCUAUUACAUUUCAAAGACAUUUUAGUCACACUGCCCAAUGAAUGUGUGAAAAUGUCAGGAACUUUACGACGGCUGCUACGGAAAGUCUUGAAGUCUUUAUGACUGCUGGGUCCAAUCGACUCAACGUCUAAUCAUUGUCAGAUUAUAUAACCUAUUCCUGUGAUUGACAUGAAGUUGCAUGUGUUAUUUACAUUUUAUUACAAAUUUAAAUGAUUAAUAGUUGAUUCAUUAAUUAGCACAACAUGACAUUAUGUAACAGACAUUAUGCACUGAUAUUGUGCACUGCUACAACAACCUACAGAAGUAUACGUGCAUGGUAGUGAAAAUGUACACAGUGAAAUAUCCAUCUAUGAUGUUUCAACACAGUGGGACAUUAAUAACUAUCGUUUAAUCGCAAAUUGUACUGUAAUUACAACCCAGUUAACUGCACAUUUGGACAGUAUGCUAAUGUCAUACUUAUGUCAUACUCUGUUUCCGCGUCCUCUGUUUGAAUUGUAAGCUGAACUUUGUAUCGCAAUGCAAGAGUCAAAGCAAACAAUACACUGAAGUACAAUCUGUACCUUAUGCAAAGAUGGACUCCUUCUGCAGGAGGGUGGUCAUUUUGCAGGGAAAUCUACUUUCUUGCCGUAGGCCGUUUUUCCUCUAUGUAAUACUUACUACUUUUAAAUCCUACUUGGGUCUAUGUUGACCAAUGCAGCUGUGAUGUCAUUUGCUGGUUCCUCAUUUGUCACAGGGGGGGGGGGUCAUAAUAUAUGUGCUUUUGUUUAACCCCAUUUAUUUUAGUAUUCUCACACAAAUUGAAACAUUCGGCCCUGGAGAGAUACAUGUGAACUUAUUACUAAAGGACAGCUUCUGAGAUUGUUCUACAUACUGAGUUGCUUGAGUCUUUGAUAAUUAACUACAGCGAUUACCCAGCAAACAGGCUGAGUCCAGGGUCUUAUCUAAUUUUAGACUUUGUAGCAAAUAAAAGCCGUAACAAUUUGUUCCUUAGCUGCAGAGCAGGGAGGGCUGACUUCUGACUGAAGUGAAGAGUUGCAUGACUUCUGUGUUUCAGCCACAUCGGAAAAAAGAAACAGCCUAAGCCUCCAAAAUCCAUUUUCAUUCGAGUCUUUUUCUAAUUAUAGCAAGUGUUGGUGAGGUGCAUUGGUGCUGCUCGAUGCUCGCCUCACUUGAAGAACACAGAACGUUUGCAGCUUGUUGGCCACGAACCUUCCUUCCUGUCUCUUCUGUACAAACACGCCUGCUUCACACUUUGAAUCUACUUCAACAGUCAGUUUGGGACAUUUGGACUUUUGACCCACAUACAAAGAGUGUCUGAUAACUGUAAUAUAUGUCAGAAGGAUUACAUUGUAAGACUUUGGUUUGAUUAAAGGGGUUUCUUUUAAAAUGCGAAUGAUCAAAAGUGUGUAUGUGAAUGGUUUUAAGAAUUAAUUUGUUUUUGCCCUGAAUUUUUGAUUGAACCUUUUUAAAUGAGAAUA